AUGAAGCUCACACCCGCCAAAAUCUCGAAAAAAGCCGCUGCCGCGACGGCUCACAUCGAUGCGAUCACGAACGACAUGCUCGACACUUCGGCGAGCGAACUCCUUCGACGCCAACCCGUCGCUGAAGGGGUGGAGACCAUCUCUUUCCUCGAAAGAUGGUCGACGUCGGGAACGCAAGAGAUUGUGUUGCAUCAGAAGGAGAUCGAUGGAGAGAGGUCGGUUUGGAGGUUCGUGGGCCCUAGUAAGGAUUUGCCGAAUAUGAUGAAGCACGUCAGGGCCGGCGGCGUCCCGGUUGCUGGUAGCAAGAGGGCACGUCGAGCCGAGGACGAACAGGGAGCCGAGGACGAAGAGGAUGAAGACGAAGAUGAGGUUGAGGUCGAGAUGCCUCGGAACGCACGUCGACGUGCUGCUGCUGCUGCUGCUCGACCGACUGCGGGUACAACUCGCGCUCGCAAAGCUGCUGCUGCUGCCGCUGCCGCUGGGGUCGUCUUUGAUCAAGAUCCCUUCGUCACGCCAUCGACGAAUGCUCAACGAUCAAGUAAAUCAGCUUCGGGACGAGAAGACUCGGGGGUCCGUCGUGCACCAAAGAAGGCUCGCCGCGUUCCCACUGCCUCCUCGGCGCUUGCCGAAGCUUCCGACGACGAUGGCGACGCCACCGAGACCGAGGCGACGACCCCUCGGGGAAGCAAGCGAUCGACCGCAAAGUCGACGGCCAACAACAGUCCUUCGGACUACAACACCAACGUCACGCUGCGUCGUAGCCUUCGUCGACGACGAGAGGUCAGUGAGGUGUCUGACUCGACCGUCGCUGCGAGCUUGGACGAUCUUGGAUCGCUUUGCGGAGGCAUAGAUGACCUUGGAUUCGAUGUUACGGAUCAAGGUUAGUCCAUUGACCAAUAUUUGAGAGAUCCUGUAUCAACUAAUUAUUGUAUUCUCUUGUGUUCCACUACAGAUACCGAGAUGGGCCGAGGUUCAGUCGUGCCCCGUCCUACGGCGUCUACGUCCCGAGUCAAGGUCGAACAUGACCUCUGA